AUGCGUUCCUCUAUUAUCUUCCUUUCGGCUCUGGCUACCUCCGUCAUGGGUGCCAAUAACACGGGUCCUUACACCCUCCCCACCGACUUCAAUAUUGGUUUGGUGGAAAGCAGUGAACUGAGCGUCUGGUGCUCUGCCCAGCGUAACACUUGCCCCGACAUUUGCCAGAAAGGCACCAAGCUCAACUCUUGCGACCCGAACACCCUGAAGUUCGACUGUGUCUGUAGCGACGGUUCGACCCCCGAUGUGGCCCCCUACCAGCAGACUGUUCCUUUCUUCGUCUGCCAUGCCACUUUCGGCCAGUGCAUCAAGUCGCACCCUGACGAUAUCGAGGGUCAGCGCGCCUGCAAGAAGGCCGUCUCCAACUGUGGCUCCAAGAAUGCGAGUGAGGUGACCACCACUUCUUCUUCUAGCCCUUCGAGCACUCUGGCCAUGGCCACUGCGACCGAGUCUUCCAGCACCGAAACUUCCUCCGUGGCUGCUGCCAGCACUACCACCAACGCCGCCGUCGCUCUCGAUCUGACUCAGUACUCCACGGGUCUGAUGGCUGGUAUCAUGUUCGUUGCCGCGCGCAUGGUCCUGUAA